ACCUCAGCCAACGUUAAACCCCCGCACUUACUCAAAUCUCACACUAUCUCUUUGUCUCUCAAAGUCUCAAUAAACCACCCCCGACGAUCUUCUUCUUCGUUUCGUUUUUUUCCUUCCUAACAUUCCGACGAAAUCUCAGGAAACCCUAACUCCUAACCUCCUUCUUCUUCUUCUCCUUCUCUCUGUGUCACUUUCACAUGGCGGUGGCUGAGGAAUCGGACUCCAAGACCACGACCACGACGAUGAUGAUCGACGAGAUUUACGAGUUCUCUGCGCCUCGUUUUUUCGACUUCGUCAAGGGUGAGACUGACGAGGAAUGCCGUAAGGCCGAAGUCUGGUUCGAUUCCGAUCGUACUUAUGCUCCUUCUCCCUUCAUGCCUAGAAUCAGGACGGGAAGAUCUUUCACUGUUGAAAGCCUGUGUGACUUUAGUGAAGCAGAGCAGAUGCAGCAACAGAACUCUGAGUCAGCGUCGUCGGAUCCAAAAGGAACUAAUACCAAAGAAAUUGAGGCUGAAAUCAAACUCAUUCCUGAUGAAAUGAAGGAAGGAUCAGAUGCAGUAGAGACUGAAAAAGAAACAACCAUCAGAGAGGUUUCUCUCGAUAAUUGCUUGAAUGAAGAUAAAGGGGACAGUAAGUGUAGUCGAGGAUUUGAAAGUGCUUUGCCUGGAAGAGUUUCUCUUUCCAAUGUGAGAAAUGAAGUGACAGAGAGCAAAUCUGUUGGCCAGACAGCAAAAGAAGCUUGCACUCCAAUCUCAUUGAUGACCUCAAAGAAGGAAACCUCAGUGACUGAUUCCAAGAAGCACCAGACUGCUAAAAAGAUAGCUAGUAUGGUUAGAAAUCCGUCAGCCCUGAAGCCAAAAAGUCACUUACAUUCAUCACAAGCCAAAAAAAUCAAUCCAUCUAGUGUGAAACGAGAAACAAACGUUAAAAACACUGCUGGCGCCCUCAAUUUAGCCCUGGAGAAUCAGGCAAUUAAGCGGCAGAAGUUGGAAGGUGGAAGAUCUAGACAGAUUCUUAAUGUCAAGCCCCCCCAAAAUUUGCCCCACAAGUCAAAAUUGGGUCUCACAGGUGACAGUAAUAACCCUUCAACUAACAAAACUCAAAAAGAGGACAGGAAGGUUUACGUUCGAGAACCAGCUGUGCCAUUUGUUUCAAUGGCAGAAAUGAUGAAGAAGUUUCAAUCAAGUACCAGAGACUUGUCCUUGCCUAAUGUGAAUGGCUUUCUUUCCCAUACAAAGCCUAAACUUUCAUUGACAAGGCCUAAGGAACCUGAAUUUGAAACUUCCCAGAGGAUUCGCUCGGUCAAGGUGAAAAGUACAGCUGAACUUGAGGAGGAGAUGAUGGCAAAAAUUCCAAAGUUUAAAGCUAGACCUUUGAACAAGAAGAUUCUAGAAGCCCCAUCAUUACCUGCAAUACCGAGAAGUCAACCCCAACCACCAGAAUUUCAGGAAUUCCAUUUGGAGACCAUGGCAAGGGCCAAUAACAAUGCGGAUUCAGCUUCAGUAACUUCUACAGAAUUUUCACGUCAGAAUAAUCAAUGGAAGCCCCAUCUGACUGAACCUAAAACCCCAUUACUCCAUACAUCAUUAAGGGCUCGUCCACCUAAGAUAAAAAGCUCUCUGGAAAUUGAAAAGGAGGAACUUGAGAAUGCCCCCAAAUUUAAGGCCAGGCCUCUGAAUAAGAAGAUAUUCGAAAGUAAGGGUGAUCUGGGGAUAUUCUGUAAUGCCAAGAAACAAGUAACUAUACCUCAAGAAUUUCAUUUUGCAACAAACGAGAGAAUUCCACCACCUGCUGUAGUAGUUGAUUUAUUUGAUAAGUUGUCUUUGAAAUCCGAACCUUGCCAUGACAGUCAGAUUCCAAGAAAAACAAUUCCAAAUCCAUUCAAUUUGCAUACAGAUGAACGAGGAGCAGAGAAAGAAAGGAAAUUUGUGACAGAAGUUAUGCUGAAGCAGUGGGAAGAGGAAAGAGCUAGAGUUCCCAGGGCUAACCCAUAUCCUUAUACUACCGACUACCCUGUGAUUCCUCCAAAACCAGAACCUAAACCAUGCACAAGACCAGAACCUUUCCAGUUGGAAAGUUUGGUGAGGCAUGAGGAGGAAAUACAAAGAGAGAUGGAAGAAAGACUUAGGAAGGAAAAAGAAGAGGAGGAAAUGAGGAUUUUUAGGGCACUUCCCAUCCUAAAAGAGGACCCAAUUCCAGUUCCAGAAAAAGUGCGCAAGCCACUCACACAAGUUCAAGAAUUCAAUCACCAUACUGAUCAUCGAGCUGUAGAUAGAGCCGAAUUCGAUCAAAAGGUUAAGGAGAAAGAAAUGAUGUAUAAGAGAUACAGAGAGGAAACUGAAGCAGCAAAGAUGUUGGAGGAAGAGAAAGCAUUGAAACAGAUGAGAAGGACAAUGGUCCCGCAUGCAAGGCCUGUGCCCAAAUUUAACCAUCCAUUCUGCCCUCAGAAGUCGCUAAAGGAGAUUACAAAAGCUAAAUCACCAAAUCUUCGCGUGCUUCAAAGGAAAGAGAAGCGAAGAAUGGUGGUCAACGGGGCUAUUUCCAGCGCUGCAGCUCAUAUGAGAUGAUGAUCGUUUUCCUGCGGUUCUGAGUGUUCAAGAACUCUUGAAGAACUCUUUUUAAUAUUGUGUUGUCCCAGUUCAUUUACUAUUCUUUAAUGAAAUGUAAUUCUUUCACAGACUACAUGUAAAGUUACUGGUUUCACAAAGAAUGAAAAAAUGCACCCAAAUCCUGUUCUGAGAAA